CACUCGCUGUUCUCUGCUUCUCUCUCUCUCUUUCCCUGUCUACUGGGCUCUUCGUUAGUCAUAGAAGCCAUGGAGAUCGUAGCUGCUGCUGCUGUUGUUCCCGUGGGUAUUCUAUUUCUACUAUCAGGACUCAUCGUUAAUAUCAUUCAGGCAUUUUGCUUCAUUCUUGUUCGUCCACUAUCAAAAAGCGUGUACAGGAGGAUUAACAGAGUGGUGGCAGAGCUGCUGUGGCUGGAGCUUAUAUGGCUCAUUGACUGGUGGGGAGGGGUUAAGGUACAAGUAUUCACAGAUUCUGAAACUUUGCGAUUUAUGGGUAAAGAACAUGCACUUGUUGUAUCUAAUCACCGAAGUGACAUUGACUGGCUUGUUGGAUGGGUUCUAGCACAGCGCUCUGGUUGCCUUGGUAGCUGUCUAGCUGUCAUGAAGAAAUCAUCAAAAUUCCUUCCAGUUAUCGGGUGGUCUAUGUGGUUUUCUGAGUACCUCUUUCUGGAACGAAGUUGGGCAAAAGAUGAAAGCACACUGAAGUCUGGUCUUCAACGGCUGAAGGACUACCCUUUGCCUUUCUGGUUGGCACUUUUUGUGGAGGGUACUCGCUUUACAAAGGCAAAGCUUUUGGCUGCACAAGAAUAUGCAGCUUCAACAGGGUCAACCAUUCCUAGAAAUGUUUUGAUUCCUCGUACCAAGGGUUUUGUUUCCGCUGUUAGUAAUAUGCGGUCAUUUGUUCCAGCUAUUUAUGAUGUAACGGUGGGUAUUCCUAAAGAUCAGCCUUCACCUACUAUGCUGAGAAUAUUGUCAGGACAACCUUCUUUGGUGCAUGUGCAUAUUAAGCGACAUUUGAUGAAGGAAUUGCCGGAGACUGAUGAUGCCGUUGCUCAAUGGUGUAAGGAUAUAUUUGUUGCCAAGGAUGCUUUAUUGGACAAACAUCUGGCUGAGAAUACUUUCGGUGAUGAACAUCGCCUAGACAUGGGUCGGCCAAUAAAGUCUUUGUUGGUAGUAUUAUCUUGGUCAUGUAUCCUUGUAUUUGGUGCUGUCAAAUUCAUCAUAUGGUCUUCCCUCCUAUCAUCAUGGAAAGGAAUCGCAUUCUCAGUGGCUGGUGUAGCCCUAGUCACAAUCUUAAUGUACAUUUUAAUACGAUUCUCUCAGGCUGAGCGUUCCACCCGUGCCAAGGUAGCCCCUGCUCGACCCAUGAAUGGCAACACACCUUCUGAAGCAAGCCGAGAGAAACAGCAAUAGGUAGUAGUAGGUAGUUCUGCAUCAUGGGAAGAAUCCCCAACUUGAAUUCACAGUGAGGUUUCUAAUUAUGGGUUUAUUUUGUGGAUUUUCAGAUGGUAUAGGCAUAUUUCCUAGUUUGUUCUAGUCGCCUUUUUAAUCACCCCCUAGUUAAAUUUGGUUGGCAUUUUUCUUCUUAAUUUUGUAAGAAAGUUCGUAUUCAUAUUGUAUGCAUCUUAAUUUAGGGAAAUACACGCUGCCAGGGUUUAUUUCCCUCUCACAAUGAUGACACUCUCUCAUUAACAGUGUGGCUUCUUUUGU